GUUUUCACUUGUAAACCACGACUUAUCCAGUCAGAACCUCGGAUGACUCAGCUCUGUGUGUUCUUUGGACUUGAACUGGUUUCAUUUUUUUAUACUCUCACGAUAAUCCCCCCUUAUCAAUUAAUAUCAUAAAGUUUAGUUUCAUUUUUGUUUCUUUUAGUAGAAUAUUAUUUACUAUUCUCAGCAGCCCGAUCACAAAAUGCCCUCCAGGGCUGACAUCACAUACUUCGGCGCCGGGCCGGCCUUGCUACCCACCUCCGUACUCGAGAAUGCCGCGCAGGCUCUUUUGAAUUACAAGGAUACGGGGUUGGGCAUUGCCGAGCACUCACAUCGUUCUCAAUAUGCUGCCGAUAUCAUUAACCAGGCGAAGGCCGAUCUGGCUACCUAUCUCGAUAUCCCCGAGGACUAUGAGAUUCUCUUCAUGCAAGGCGGUGGCACUGGUGAAUUCUCCUGCACCCUCUACAACCUGGUCGGCGCCUGGGUAACUAGGAAAAAGGGCGAGAUUCUGAAGCAGUUAGGCGUUCAGAGCGAAGAGGAAGCCAACCAGGAAGAGCUGGUAUCGGCGCUGAAAAAGGCCGUCGAUACCGAGCUGAAGGUCGACUACCUAGUAACGGGCGGAUGGUCGUUAAAAGCCUACCAAGAAGCCGGCCGUCUUCUAGGCCCGGAAUUCACCAACCUGGCUACUGAUUCGCGGACCGUGAACGGGGGGAAAUUCGGAAAGAUCCCCGAUGAGAGCACGUGGAAGCUUUCCAAAGAUGCUGCUAUGGUGUACUACUGCGACAACGAGACCGUGGACGGCGUCGAGUUCCCUAAGUUCCCGGACUCUCUUGCGCCCAGCGCGAACGGCGAGGGCCCCAUCGUCGUGGCCGAUAUGUCCUCGAACAUCCUGUCGCGGAGAAUCCCCGUCAAGAACUUCUCGGUUAUCUUCUUCGGCGCGCAGAAGAACCUCGGCUCGACGGGAGUCACCGUCGUCAUCAUCAAGAAGAGCCUGCUCCCGCCAGCGUGCCCGCAGCCCUCGCCGGCGUUGCUGAGGAAGCUCGGUCUCCCGGUCCCGCCGAUUAUUUUCUCUUACGAGACUAUUGCCAAGAAUAACAGCUUGUAUAACACGCUUAGCAUUUUUGAUGUAUAUAUUGCCGGCCAAGUCCUGAAAAAGCUGCUCGCUUCGUUCCCGGAUAAGGUCGACGGCCAGCAAGCUGUCGCCGACCAAAAGGCGGACAUCAUCUACAAGGCCCUCGAAGCACAUCCAAACAUCUACAGGAUCGUCCCGGAUAAGUCGGUACGCUCUAGGAUGAAUAUUUGUUUCCGCGUGACUAUCAACAACGACACGGACGGCGCCGAGGCCAGAUUCUUGAAAGAAGCCGCCGCUAUCGGGCUCACCGGCUUGAAGGGGCACCGAAGCGUCGGAGGCAUCCGUGCUAGCAAUUAUAAUUCAAUCCCGCUUGCUGGUGCUCAGAAGCUAGCUGAUUUCAUAAACAACUUUGCUACAACCCAAGCUUGAGAACUUCGUGUACGGAGAUAGUGGUAGGAGCAAGUACGGUUGGUCUAGGGGUAAAAAUGAAUUCGCUUCUGGUUGGUGCCGAUUGUUUUCGCAUAGCGUGGUAUGGCAGAGAGGGCGAGACUAAAAGCAUUCAACAUGGGAAUUGGGUCGCGAUACCGGUAAAGA